GGCGGCAGAGCCGGCGAUGGAGGCGGCGGGGCCGGGGCCCGGCGCGCGGGGCCCGGGCGAUGGCGAGUGCGCGGUGCCCAGCUCCCCCCGCGGCGCCGCCGUGCCCGACCGCACCCGGCUCCGGGCCUUCCUGUGGUGCCGCGAGUUCCUGGCCGGCUCCUGGAAGCUGAUCGCGCCCGAGGAGUUCGGCAUCAGCCCGGUCAGCGGGGGGCUCAGCAACCUGCUGUACAAGUGCAGCCUCCCGGACCACGUCCUGAGCGUGGGCGAUGAGCCUCGGCAGGUGCUGCUGCGCGUCUACGGGGCCAUUCUGCAGGGCGUGGACUCGCUGGUGCUGGAGAGCGUGAUGUUUGCCAUCCUGGCAGAGCGGACGCUGGGGCCACGGCUCUAUGGGGUCUUUCCCCAGGGGCGCCUGGAGCAAUACAUUCCGAGCCGGCGUCUGCGCACGGAGGACCUGCAGGACCCCGACAUCUCCAGGGAGAUAGCGAUGAAGAUGUCCCGCUUCCACGGCAUGGUGAUGCCCUUCAACAAGGAGCCCAAGUGGCUGUUUGGGACCAUGGAACGGUACCUGAAGCAGAUUGCCGAGCUCACCUUCCCCCAGGAAGCCCAGCGGAAGAAGUUCAACCAGCUCAAAGCCUAUAACCUGCAGAAGGAAAUGGGGAGCCUCAGGGAGCUGCUGGAGUCCACGCCGUCCCCUGUGGUCUUCUGCCACAAUGACGUGCAGGAAGGGAACAUCCUGCUGCUGGCUGGGCGGGAGUCACACCCCACUGACAAGCUGAUGCUGAUUGACUUUGAAUACAGCAGCUACAACUACAGCUGCACUUCAUCCAGCACUACCUGUGGGAGGACUCGGGGCGGUGCGGGGACACCACGCAUGAGGAGCAGGCCCGCAUCGAGGAGGAGAUGCUCACUGAGAUCGGCCGGUUUGCUCUGGCCUCUCACUUCUUUUGGGGCCUCUGGUCCAUCCUGCAGGCGAAGAUCUCCACCAUUGAGUUCGGCUACCUGGAUUACGCGCAGUGCCGUUUCGAGGCCUACUUCCAGCAGAAGGCGCAGUGCCCGUGACCAGCCCGGCUCUGUCUGCCCCACACUCGCCUGCCUCCUGCAUCAGGCUGCCAGGCUGCAGAUGGAGCAGCGGAGUGGCUCCUCCCCGCCAAAGGGACAGCAGCUGGCAAGGAACCCAAGGGACCAAUGCCCCCAGACCAGCCUCCCUUGCUGUGGUGGGUGGGGGGCUGCCCUGGCUGGCCAGUGAGCGGGGGUGGGGUCUGGGCGGGAAACGGUUAAUGUUCCGGUGUGGGGAGUGAAUGCAGGGACUGCCCUCCCCCAAUGGGUGUGAGGAUCCCCACCCCCUCCAGGGGGGCUGUGUGGGGCCGGCUCUCCCCACUGCCCAGUGUCAGAUGUCUCUGUGUGGCCAUGGGGGUCCCACUGAGCAGGGCGGCUGCAGCCUCGGCCCCCUCCCUGGGGCAGGAGGGGCCCGGCUCCCCUGGUUCCCUGCGAGUGCACUGGGGGCUGUGCGCUGGGCCUGCGCGCUGGGAGCUGAAUGUGCCACACGUGCGUCUGCCUCUGUCCCUGUGUCUCUGCCUCCCCUGGCCUGCGGCGCUGCCCAGCUCUGCCGCCCCAGUGCCCUUCCUGCCUGCCGAUGUGACCUGGGAUCCCCUGGGGCUCAGCGAGUGUGGGCUGCAGGGGGAGACCUGCAUGCUCUGCCCCUGCCCCCUGCCGGGCCCCUCCUGCUGGCCCCUUUUCUGGAGAAGCAGGGGGCGUUUGUAGGGCUGCUGCCCCCGCAGGCAGUGCUGGCCUGGCUCCAGCGCCUCUCACGCUGCUGGGAAUGGGGGGGUGGGCUCUAGCGGGGUGUCCCCUGCUCCGGCUGGGGGAGUGGGUGGGGGCCGUCUCCCACAGCCCUGCCCCAAAGCUCCUCCCUGCCUGGGCCCCGUGGCCGGGGCUCUGCACUUGCUUUCCCUGCCAGUCCCCAGAGCCUGCUGCUGCCGCCCCCUCGGAACCGGGCCCCUGGCAGGGCCCUCCACUGCCUAGCGAUGGACUGUGAACUCUGCACUCAGACCAAUAAAUGCCUGGCACUGUC